AGCAUGGAGGUGGUAUGCGUGGUAUAUAUAUCGAUAUAUAUGUAUGAGAUCGGGGCAGCUGCGCCGAGGCAGAGAAUCCGAAGAGUACGAGUCGCGACGGCGACGACGACGACGACGACGACGACGACGGGGUUGGCCCCGCGGCAGAGAGCACGGAACAAGAGUAGCGAAGAGAGCGACUUUGCGCGCGCGUGUGCACGGAUUAUCCCCUUUAUACUCGGUGUAUAUAUUUCAUCGUCAUACGAGAUCGAGUAUCUCUCGUCGUUUUCUACGGAGUUUGUUUGGAAAAAUUGCAAACUCCAAGAUGGACCAUCGUCGAUACAAGGCGGGGUGAACGCGAUAAUUCGGGAGAGUUACGAUAUUCUUCGAACAAUAUUGGCGAACGCCGAUGUUGAAGAGUUCGACUCACGAUGGAAGAGACGAGCUGCAGCACCAGCAACAGCAACAGCAGUCGAGAAAAAUUUCAUCGUGCUGCGCCGGAGGAAGAAGAGGAAGAAGAAGAGGGAACAGGAUCAACAACAGCGGUUUGCGCGUCCUCGUCGUUGAUGUUUCACUCGCGCGAAAGUCCGCCUUCGCGUCGCCGUCGUCGUAACGAUGAAAUUUUUAUCAACCCCGAAAUUCACAACUGAAGAAGAUAGACCAAAAAUAAAUGAGACUCUAAGGGCAUCGAGCUGAUAUCGUAUAUUUCGUAUCGAAUUCGUUGGUUUCGAUCUCGGGAGCACGUUUCGUCCGAAAACGCGGGAGAGCAAAGGAACAAGGAAGGGGAAUAACGACGUCGCGCGUACAGAGAGAGAGAGAGAGAGAGGUUUUCCUAUCCAAAGUUGGACCUGGAGAGAUGAGCGAUUUACAGGCUACCCUCGAGUUCUCUCUCGAGCUUUGCAAGUUCUACAAUGUCGAUCUUUUUCAACGCGGAUACUAUCAGAUCCGAACAGCCCUGAGGGUGUCCCCAAAAUUGCCUAUCAAAGUGGAAGUCGAUCAAUUUCGAAAUCACAAACGUUCGGUAGACACCGUGGAAGCUCCGGGUACGAGCAAAAGGUUUCAAAUACUCUAUCGAAAUGAGGAAGUAACUCUGGGAACUUCGGUCCUCUUUCGCGCUCACGUUCUCGUCCACGGUCACAAAAUCGAAGAGGCUCUGGCGCGAACUCACUUUAAUCUCGGUGUCGAGCUAUGGUUCAGCGAGCCAACGCAGCCCGGUAACAUGGCCUGUGUCUCGUCCAGAGCUUUGCAAUUGAACUUUGUGCCAACUAAAGGAUUGCACUAUCAUCUGCCGGUGCUCUUUGAUUAUUUUCAUCUGGCAGCAGUUUCAAUCACGAUUCACGCCUGUCUCGUUGCUCUUCAUCAGCCAUUUGUGAAAAAGAGUAUACUCCAUUACGUGCAAAGCUGCGCUCCGAGAGGCGGCAAGCCAUGGAUCCAAUUCAAACAGCCCCAGCAGGGGAACGGGGAAGCGAAUGCCGCUUUCCUCGGGAAUCCGGAACCACCGACGACUCGUUGCGUCGGUUCGGCAACGAGAAUUCAGCAUGCGAAGCUCGUACAACGUCAAGUGACGAAGCUGCUGCUGGCAGCUCGGGAAUCGUUGCUCGCCGACCUCACGGAGCUCGCGCGUUUACUGCCGUCGUGGGAACAACGAGAGCUCGAAAUAGCCGAGAGAAAGCACAAAGAAAUGACGAAGCUGAGCGAGACCGAGGAGGAGAUAAAUAUCGCCCAAUUGUGCGCUCAAAAUAUUGUUCUUUGGAACAUAUUUCUCGAGGCUUUCACGAGACAGGAAAGCGUUCAUCAACACUUGGCGAGGAUACACCAUCAAAUGCGGGUCAAGCGGUUCGCGGAGGGCUUCUUCGUGUUGGAAAAUCCGCGAACAUCGGCGGCCGGGUGCUACGAUGCGAAUUAUCAGUCGUAUCAGGCGGUGAGCGAGAUCGCGCGACGUUCCCGUUAUUUGGCGUCGUUGCCACCGUUGCCGGUGCACUGUCCCGAAUUGGACGGUGAUUUGCACACGUUACCGUUGAUAUUCGAGGACCGGUACGCCGAUAUGCAACAGCGACAUCGUAAUUCGGUGCCCGGUAUGGACGACUGUAGCUGCGGAAUAGCUGCGAUACUCGAGUCCCGGACUCCGGCGAGCGUUUGGUCACCGCGAAGCGAGGGCGCGGCCCAGGAAUUGGCGGGAAUUAUAGGACCGUUGCGAGCAGCCGGGCGACUCGAUAUCGUGCCCUCUUCGUUACCGGCGCGUCACAGCAAAUCCCUCGAUCAAUUGGGCCCGGAAUUGGCACCGAGCCAACCGAGAACCCUGCCGAAAACUCUACCGCGCUCAGCCUCCACUCAACUAUUUCUUCCACCGCAGAGAAAUUGCGUUUUGCCGUCCAGCAAUAAAGGGAAUCGCGCCGGCGGUGGUGCGAGAUCGGCUCCGGUUGCCCUCAAAGCGGCUUCCCGGCAAACCGGCAGCACCGUCGUCGCCGCCGCCGCCGCCGCCGCCGCUUCGAGCCUCCACCUCUUUCCACCGGGACACCAACAGGCUUGCUCCGCACCGAAUCCCUCCUCGAUAAACUCCGGGAUGCCAGUCGCCACCCUGCCUCGUGCCAAAUCCAGCCAGAUCCUCGUGCCUCGUCAUCAAAAUCCGCACUCGGCUCACAGAGGACGCCGCGGUAACGUCGAGAACAACGGGGAAGAAUCGACCUCGAUCGGUUCGUUACUCGCCGCCAUGUUUCCCGAACUGCCGCCCAGUGGACAUUUCCCCGGUUACCGAGCGGCGGCACCCUCCGACCCCAGCAGAGAUGGAAAAUUAGGGGAUAUCGCGAGGUCUCUCGAUACCAGCAGAAGAACCGGAGCUCCGAUUUCUCGACGAAAUAUUCCGGGGCAUCGGCAAAACGAGUACGCCGGCAAAUGUUCCAACGGCAUCGCCGACAAUCACGACUCUUCCCUCCGUACCGCGACUCUCGAUCGCGUUACUUAUCGGGCAGGAAACGCGAGGAAACAGGCCAACAUCAAUAACAACCACCACCAUCAUCACCACCAACACCACCACCAUCACCACCACCCAAACAACAAUAACAACAACAACAACAACAAUAAUAAUAAUAAUAACAAGUGUCAGAGCAACAAUUUGGAAUGUAGAAGAUAUCACAGCCUGGGCAAAGCUAUGAGCAAUUUGUUGCUGGCUCAGCAGCCGUUGAACGGUUGUUGCUCGGAGGAGAAUCCUUUCGAAGAGAGAUCCGGCACCAACGGCAUUCCCCUUGAGACUUUUUUUUAUCGAGCGAGCAACGGUAGCCGUACGGGUACGAGCGGGGCUAGAACUUCGAGAGACGAGAGACCCGCGAGGCCGAAAAGUACGGAGAGACUGUUGGAGGCGAUCGCUGCCGAGAGGAGCGAUUUGUUCUCCCACGAAAUUUACACCGGACGCGAAAAAAAUCCUCGACGCUCCCAUCAUCGGGCGGACAAAAGAUCCGUCGAUUCGUUACCUCGGGAACCCGUUUACGAAAUAAUCGCUCUGAAUAAGAUGAUCGAUCCACCGAGAUCGGGGGAAGCUGCACGGGAGCAGGAGACCAGGAUACGGAGGGAUCAGCGCUCCGGCCAGCACCAGGGACGCAGACCUCAUUCGGCUCCGGCGAUGGAAGAGGAUCCCGCCGGGGCCGCGAGCCUCCGACAACCGCAAACCGCUACCGGCAACGAUCGCGCCAGAAAAAAUUCCAGACAAUCGAAAGAACCGGAAGUCCGAUAUCGCCCCCCCGCUCCGAGCGGAAAAAGUGUCCUUCGCGUGGAGAACAACAAUAAAAUAAUCGUAAAGAUCGACGAGCCAACGCCGGAUAGCAAAGUUUCCCCGGUCUCCGAGGAUUCGAGCAAAACGGAAAUAAGCCAAAGCGGAAACAAGCAGAGACUCAGAUGCGCGAGCGUUCCCGUCGAACAAAACAAAAUCGUUGUUCCGAGAAGCGCCGUAUCCCUGCCUUGCAUGCCGAUCCGCGACAGCAAGGACACUCUCGUCGGUGAAGAGCCCGGAGAACUCGUUAUCGAUCCCCCGAGUCCGCCGUCGUGUUCCCGGCCGAGCAGCCCGGCCACCAGUACCAGCUCCGGUAACCUGACUUCCGAGUGCUCCGGCUGGGUCAGCAGCGGCGACACCUCUAGUUCCGAGCAGAGAAGAGCCGCUGCCAGACUCUCCGGGGAACAAUUGAGACAGAAAUUGGCGAAAAUCGGACCGAGAAAAGAGGCUAAAGCUGCGUCGUGCUCGGUUCAACAAACGAGCGUCGUCGAACAUUCUUACGAAGAGGUUCGAUUGCCUCCCCCGAAAAUGUUCCAAGACGAGCCGCCGCCCCCGGAAGAAUUUCGCGAUCCGGCGCCCGCUGCUCAAAUGCUCGAUAAUCCUCUCUACCACGUUUACGAAACUGUCAAACGUGCCAAAAGUCCCAAACAAAAUAAAACCGCCCCCUGCAGUCCUCAGCGUAAUCGCGACUCCGGGGAUACCGCCAGAAACGAUGAUAACGUUUACGGACCGAGAGACCUGUGCCUCGAUUGCUAUCAGGAAGGCAAAGAGUUGUUGCAAUCCACUCAGGACGACCACGCUAAUUUUAAAAAAUGCAAGGACGAAUUUAAACGGCAAAUGAGCUUCUCCGGUAGGAUCUACAGGUGUGGAAGCGAUUAUCCAACGCUCGCCUCGACCCUUCCGUACUUUUCCAUCAGCGAAGAGUACCGUCUAUUCUCGCCCGAAGGAGCUCAUCUUAUAAUAUGCGUUCACGGUUUGGAUGGAAACGCGGCGGAUUUGCGUCUCGUUAAAACCUAUCUCGAGCUUGGCCUGGCCGGUGCUCACCUUGAUUUUCUCAUGUCCGAAAGGAAUCAGGGCGAUACUUUUUCCGAUUUCGACAAGAUGACGGAUCGCCUGGUUGCCGAAAUUUUGCAUCACAUCGAGACUUCCGGCUUGAAUCCUACGAAAGUGAGUUUUAUCGGACACUCGUUGGGAACGAUAAUAAUUCGUAGCGCGUUAACGAGGCCCGCGUUGAGGCCGCUCUUGCCGCGACUUCAUACGUUCCUUAGUUUAAGCGGACCGCAUUUAGGCACACUUUACAAUACGAGCGGGCUCGUCAAUGCAGGCAUGUGGUUCAUGCAAAAGUGGAAAAAGUCCGGUUCCCUUCUCCAACUCGCGAUGAAGGACGCGACGGAGGUCAGACGAUCCUUCAUGUUCCGUUUGAGCCAAAGAAGCAAUCUCCAGAGAUUCAAGCACGUGCUGCUGUGCGGUAGCGCUCAGGAUCGAUACGUUCCUCUUCAUUCCGCAAGAAUCGAACUCUGCAAAGCUGCCGUUCGGGAUCCGAGCGAUCAAGGGGCAGCUUAUCGGGAAAUGGUUCACAAUAUCCUGUAUCCGAUAAUGUCCGCGUCGGGUGUGAGCCUCGUCCGUUACGACGUGCAUCACGCACUCCCGCCAACGGCGAACGCUCUCAUAGGGAGAGCAGCUCACAUCGCGGUUCUCGAUUCGGAGCUCUUCAUCGAAAAGUUCCUUCUGGUCGCUGGCCUCAAGUACUUCAGAUAAGAAACAUUUGAAGGGAGGAUGAGGCGGCACGUGUGGACACGAGCGAAAAUAAUGUGAUAUGACGUCGAUUCUCCCCUGUCGACUAAAAAUAUCAAUAUUUCCGUUAACCCUCGCGUUCCUUCAACACCGUGCGAGUGCGAGGGAGGAGAAGCGCUAAAAAAUGGGGCCUAUUGCGACGAGGAGGAAAAGGAGAACGAAAAAAAAAUUCAAACAAACAAAAAACGAAAAACAUCGCGGGGCCAUUGCUCGAUUUUUAUAAUUGUGCUUAAACUACUUGUCGUUCUAGAGUGUGUGUGUGUGUGUGUGUGUGCACGCGCGCGUGUGUGUUUCGAAACUCGUAGAAGAGUUGGAAAGACGCAGAGGAAAGGGGAGAGAGAUUUUUGAUGAUGAUGAUGAUGAUGAUGAUGAAAAGUCGGUCCGAAAAUCAGGGUAACGCGACAUAAUUCAGCGGGGAAUAAAUGAAAAAAUAAAAAUACACACGAAUAAACUCUGGUUAGUUCAAUUCUCGUAAGAUUGUUAUUUAAAAGGCGUCGACGAACCAAACAAAAAAAAAGAAAAAAAUCAAUCGAACCGGAACCGUCGGCCUAAGUAAAAAACGAAGAAUCUUUUAUUAGUUUUGCCAAAACGCAACGUCGUCCGCGUGUGUGCCAGAUUUUCUUUUUAUCGUCUCGAUCUAACGAUGCGUGUAUAUACGCGUAUGAAAAAUAUUCAUUAAAGUUAAUUAUAAAUCAAUUUUCCUAAAUUAAAAACUCUUAUUAUCGCGAUAAAUUGAAAUACCGAUAACUCGCUUACGGACAAAGAAACAACAACCAACGACUGAGUCAUUUUUAACCAAUAUCCAUCGCUGUCACGUAAUAAAAGAGACAUGCAACUAUGAAAAAAUAAAUCAACAAAAUGAUGUUGACCGUCGAAGACCGCCGCCGCGUUGGAACGGUCCUCUCUCCUCGCUCCGCGUAGACUUCCGUUCGAUCAUUUCUGCCAAAAAAUUAUCGUUUCGCGAUAAGUCGUUUUCAAACAUGACGAAGCUUCGCAUGGGUCUUCGAGGCCCAUGCAGUCCGGUGUUCGGGGGUCAAUUAUCGAGAAAGAGAGAAACGUUGCUGCGGAUUGUGCUGAAUGCGAGUAAAAAAAAAUAUAACGAUUAAGCGCGCCGUGGAGUAAAUUAGGAAAGUUACGAAACGUAUGUCAAUUGUUCCCUUGGGGUAAAUGUCGUGAGCGUGAUAGAAUGUUCGAUUAUUAUUAAUUAUUGUAAUUGCGAGUGAAAGCGAUUUGAAUACGCGCGAUCCGUUGUUGAGGGGAGGCGCGAAAAUUUUCAGGAUUUUAUAGGCUCGGAGGGUGAAAGAGACAAAGUAUACCGAAAAAAAUCACUUUUUUUCUUCCCACGUUAGGCCCGCGCUGUCGCUUCAGUGCGACGUUCGCACUACACGCUCACUCCCACGCGCAAGCAUGUACACUGGUUUAAAAUAGGCUGCGUAUACUUGUUGAAAGAUUAAUCGGCUCGUGGUUCAAAGGAAAGAAGAUUUUUUUCAAUUUUGCAUUGGUAGGAAAAAAUCUGUUUUCUUCGUCAGCCUGCGAGACAAAACAAAACACAAGAAUUCUUCGUGGAUAUAUUUAUACGGUGUGAACAAAUAGUGUUUGAGGCUAUUAUUACGAAGAGAUUAAAGGAAAAAAAAAAAAAAAAAAAUCCCUCCAAAUAGAUAUCUCAAUUGCUCAGAAGAAUUUUUUCGUUACGCGCGAGAGUACUGCGGUUCGCUGAGAGUUUCCAGAGAGCAUUGCGGAAGAGUUGAAUUAUUUAAAAUAAAACUCACCGAGACAAGUAGACGCGUAAAUUUUUCGUAUUGAAAGAAAUAAAUUAGAUCGCGCUAAAGAGUCGAGAAAAAAUUCACAAACGGUCGCAAGUACAGUCUCCGGAGUCCGGAUCUUCAAUGGCCAAAAAUCGUUCUGUCGCCCUGCCGUAGAAUUAGGAAAAAAAAAAAAAUUAAAACAACGUCACCCGAAUUAAAGAGCAUCAGGAAUUAAUCCCCGGAUUGUGCACAAAAUCAAUUUAUUCCCAAUGAAUUCAAUAUUCGUAAAUUAUUGAACAAACGUGUUCGAUAACAAUAAUGUACGAAAAAGGCCAAAAAACGAUCCGGAUUUUUCUCCGUUUUUCGCUUAUCUCCGAUAUUUCAUAUAUUAUAUAUACAUACAUAUAUAUAAAUAUGCAUAAACACAGACUCGAAUAAUUGAUGAAUUUUUUCCACCGUCGUCCUAUCGUUUGCUCAAAAAAGG